ACUCGCGCAAACCCGGAAGCGGAUCGCAUGGCGUGAGGGUGCCUCUGCGACGCGGUUGAUUUCUAAAGGCUCAGGUUAAGUGAGGAAGCAGCUCAGAAGAGGCAAGAAAAGGAGCCAGGCAUGGCUCUUCCUCAGGGACACUUGACUUUCAAGGAUGUGGCUAUAGAAUUCUCAUCGGAGGAGUGGAUAUGCCUGACCCCUGCACAGAGGGCUUUAUACCGGGAAGUGAUGUUGGAGAACUACAGGAACCUGGAGUCUUUGGAUUUCGCUCUUGUUACCCAGGCUGGAGUGCAAUGGCGCGAUCUUGGCUCACCGCAACCUCCGCCUCCUGGGUUCAGGCAAUUCUCCUGCCUCAGCCUCCUGAGUAGCUGGGAUUACAGAUAUCUCUUCCAAAUGCAUGAUGAAGAAGUUCUCAUUAACAGCAAAGGGCGAUACAGAAAUGUUCCACACGGGGAGAUUGGAAACACAUGAAAGUCAUCACAUUGGAGACUUUUGCUUGCAGGAA